CUCGAUGAUCCCCCGCCCGCCCAGUGGCGUACCACACUGCAUCCGAGAUCCAAGAAACCGGUUGACAGGAGAGCCGCCAAUUGAUGGAUGUUGAAAACCCAGGAUCUGGACCACCGACUGAGCGGCCCUCUAAAAAUAUAAAUAACAACGAACGACGACGAAAUUUGUGCAUUGUAAUUAUGCAUAAAAGUGGCAACUGGAACAUGGACCCCACAUGAAUAUUAAAUUAAAUUGUUUUUGCUUAAUUAAAUAACGCCACGGAUCCACGGCCUUUAUUAAUUGCCAGCCCUCCGGGCAUUUUGCAUAAAUUGAGCAAUCUAUGGCCCCCAUUCAUGUCAACGCCAAAGUGGAGGAGAAUCUUCGCCUGGCGCCCGAAUCCCUUCUGCAGUUCGUACCCGAUCUGGGUCUCAUCAUCGAUUUGACCAACACGGACCGAUACUACCACCCAAGUGCCAUAACCAACCACGAUGUGCGCCACCAGAAGCUGAUGAUCCCCGGAAAGCAGACACCUUCGCAUAAGCUAGCAGAAAGGUUCUGUGCUUUCGUAAAAGACUUCCUUGAAAGCAACGCGGAUAAUGACAAACUAAUUGGCGUCCAUUGCACACAUGGAGUAAAUCGAACUGGUUAUCUGAUCUGCUACUUCAUGAUCAGCGUAAUGAACAAGUCCCCUGAGGAGGCGAUACAAACCUUUUCUUUGGCCCGCGGCCAUGAAAUCGAACGCAACAAUUACUUGAGCUCUCUGAAGACACUCCCGAAUCGGGAGACCGCAUCGAAGCUGGCUGCCACAGAGAGGAGAUCUUCCACAAUAGAAGAAAGAGAUGUGCAUCAGAAAUACAAACACAGACUGUCAGGAGGCUUUAAAGCGAUAUCCUAUCAGGAAGACGGCGGGAACCAACAUCCUUAUUCCCGUAACCAUAGACCGCAUCCAGACGAAGAGCAAUAUAGGUUUCAAAGUAACCGAUCAGGAGGAGGCUAUCAGCAGGGCUCGAACCAACAUCAUUAUUCCCGUAACCAUAGACCGCAUCCAGACGAAGAGCAAUAUAGGUUUCAAAGUAACCGAUCAGGAGGAGGCUAUCAGCAGGGCUCGAACCAACAUCCUUAUUCCCGUAACCAUAGACCGCAUCCAGACGAAGAGCAAUAUAGGUUUCAAAGUAACCGAUCAGGAGGAGGCUAUCAGCAGGGCUCGAACCAACAUCCUUAUUCCCGUAACCAUAGACCGCAUCCAGACGAAGAGCAAUACAGGAUUCAAAAUAACCGAUCAGGAGGAGGCUAUCAGCUGGGCUCGAGAAGCUAUCAACAGGACCCUCAUCAAAGGUAUCAAAGGAACUGGGAUUAUUCGAGAAGAAACUAUAGCGAAAGAAACUACAGUGAAAAAAACUACAGCGAAAGAAACUACAGUAAAAGAAACUACAGCGAAAUAAAGUACAGCGAUCAAAAGUAGCCGCUUCGUUCCAUUUAAUGUUAUAGUUUUAAAAAAUCCUUGAGUGUAAUAAAUUUCGAACGGAGUGUUGAUCAA